AUGAUCGUCAGGGCGCUAUUUAUAGCGUUAUGCUGCGUGUGGGUGUCAGCACUAUCGCCGCUGGCUGUGGGUGGAGACGACAAUGACUGCGCGCUGUAUCUCACCGGACCCGGUCGCAGCUCUGCAUACGAUUACAGCAUCAAUCUGCUCAAAGGAAACUUCGGUUAUGAUGGACAGCACACAUGUAUUACAUACGAAGCAAUUAACCAGGCCUAUCUCGAAGCAAGAAAUAGAAUUCUUGUCGCCCGGCCAAAGGGUGAUUGGAAACCUGAAGACUAUGCGAGCGUUGGUGAACUCGUCCUCGACAUUUCAAUAAAUCUGGCACGCAGAUAUGGUCUCUCUUACGAAGAGAUUGAGAAAGGACUGCCUCUCAUCGAUACUUCCCGAACACUUAUCAGAGAGGUUUGCCCUCCUGUGUUCUCGCACGUGGAAUGCCGAGCUGGUAAAUACAGAAGAUUCGACGGACUCUGCAAUAACCUUAAGCAUCCUACUUGGGGUUCCACGAAUUCGCCUUUCCAGAGGUUAAUUGGUCCCCUGUUCUCUGAUGGCAUUAACGCUCCUCGUAUUUCACACACUGGUCAUGAUUUGCCGCUAUCGCGUGUGGUGUCCCGCACCAUGCAUCCGGACGACGGUUUCCACGACCACGCGGGCACCGUAAUGGUCAUAGCCUGGGGACAGUUCAUGGACCACGAUUAUACACUAACCGGAACUCCAUUAGACCCGCUGAAUCGUAACGACCCAGAAGAGUGCUGUAAACGUCCCUCGCAUUUAAAGCAUCCUUACUGUAACGAGAUUCGCAUACCCGAAGAUGACUACUUUUAUCGUCUUUUCGGCGUGAAAUGCAUAGACUUUGUGAGGGCAUUCCCUUCGCCUAGACCAGGCUGCAGACUGGGAUCCAGAACGCCUUUCAACACAUUAACCGGAGUCAUUGACGGUAAUACUGUAUACGGUAUAACAGAAAAAUUCUCAAGAAAAUUACGAACCGGCUUCGGAGGAUUGCUACGAAUGAAUCCUGUGUUCCAAGAGUAUGGUCUCAAGGACCUGUUGCCGCUAAAACUAGACAUCCCCGAUGAAGGAUGCACAAGACCAAACAAGAACAUGUACUGUUUUGAAGCAGGCGAAAUCCGUGUAAACGAGCAGCUGGUUUUGACUGUGAUGCACACGCUGAUGGCGCGUGAACACAAUAGGAUCGCCAAAGCCCUGGCUGAAGUCAACCCUCAUUGGGACGACGAAACUUUGUUCCAAGAGACGAGAAGGAUCAACAUCGCGGAAAUACAACAUAUAACUUACAACGAAUUCUUGCCUAUUCUGCUCGGUAAAGACGUCAUGGAGAAAUUUGGCUUGGUGCUUGAAAAGGAUGGUUACUGGGACGGCUACGACCCAGAAGUGAAUCCCGACGUAAUAGACUCGUUCGCGGCCGCCGCGUUCCGCUUCGGUCACUCGCUGUUGCCAACCGCCGUCGAGAGAUGGUCGAAGGCCCACAAAUUUAUCGCUUCAAAACGACUAUCGGACCUGAUCCGUCGACCAUACGACCUGUACCGGGCUGGAGUGCUGGACGAAUACGUCAUGGGGUUAAUGAACCAAGUGGCGCAGGCCAUGGACGACUCCAUCACUCAGGAGGUCACGAAUCAUCUCUUCAAGAAAGUCGGUGCCCGUUUCGGAAUGGACCUGGUCUCGUUUAACAUGCAAAGAGGUCGCGAAUUCGGUUUGCCCGGCUACAUGGAGUUCAGGAAGUUCUGCGGUCUCCCCGGAGCGGAAACCUUCCAGGAGCUGUUCGGUUCCAUGACCAAUCACACCGUAAGGAAAUACGAAACGAUCUUCGAACACCCUAUCGACGUCGAUCUCUGGUCCGGUGGUGUAUCAGAAAGACCUCUACCGGGUUCGAUGUUGGGACCGACAUUCGCUUGCAUUAUCGCAACGCAAUUCUCGUAUUCGAGACGCGGUGACAGAUUCUGGUUCGAACUCCCAAACCAGCCUUCAUCGUUCACGCCGGAACAACUAGCCGAGAUAAGGAAGGCGCGACUCGCCCGCGUCAUCUGCGACAACACCGACAUCAUCGAUACCGUGCAGCUCUACCCAAUGGUGUUGCCCGAUCAUGAACUGAACCCGCGUGUGGCUUGCCGCAGCGGUAUUUUACCAAGCAUGGACUUCAGCAAAUGGGCGGAGCCCGUUCCCUUCCACGGAACAGCGAAACAGUUCGUGAGUAGCUUCUCGUACGACCCAUUCUUAGGGAAGAAGUAA